AAAACGCUGACGCCAGCGCCAAUCAUUCGCCAUCAGCCGCUCCUUCUCCGCGGUGCUCCCCACUGCAGCUUCCAGUGCAGUCUCGCCUUCCAGCUUGCUUAUCGAAUAAAACAAAUAUAAAGUGUCUUUUCUGCAAGUGGCAGAUAAUCUGAAUUAUUCAUAACGUAAAUAAACGUUGGGAAUAUGCUAAACGUAUGCGAUCGCGACUGCUAAAGAGGCAGAAAAAUACAAAUAAAAUAACGAAACGCAACCAAAUAACCACAAAGAAGCAGUAACAAUAAUAAAACCAUCAACUAAAAUAGACACUAUUCCCCAAAAAAAAGAAGAAACUAACAACGAGAUGAAGUACGCAACUGGAACUGACAACGCGAUGACCUCCGGCAUCAGCGGCCCCUCCCAAAACACUAACAGUGCAUCCAAAGAGAUGCAGCCUACCACAUCCACACCCACAGCAGCCCACAAGGAAGCCGCAAACACAUCCACAGCCACGACGACGGCGACACACGCCAAUGGCAAUUCCAAUUCCAGCCAGAGCCAACCUUCUAACGCGCUGUUCUGCGAGCAGGUGACCACAGUGACAAAUCUCUUUGAGAAGUGGAACGACUGCGAGAGGACCGUCGUGAUGUACGCGCUGCUUAAGCGGCUGCGUUACCCAAGCCUCAAGUUUCUCCAGUAUUCGAUCGAUAGCAACCUUACCCAGAAUCUGGGCACCUCGCAGACGAAUCUGAGCAGCGUGGUGAUCGACAUCAAUGCCAACAAUCCGGUAUACCUGCAGAACCUUCUGAACGCCUACAAGACGUUCCAGCCAUGUGAUCUGCUCGAUGCCAUGUCUUCAUCCUCAUCAGACAAGGAUUCAAUGCCGUGCUAUGGUAGCGAUUUCCAGAUCACCACGUCGGCGCAGUGUGACGAGCGGAAGCUGUAUGCCCGCAAGGAGGACAUUCUUCACGAGGUGCUCAACAUGCUGCCGCUGCUGAAGCCCGGCAACGAAGAGGCCAAGCUUAUUUACCUGGCCCUCAUCCCGGUGGCCGUCAAGGACACCAUGCAGCAGAUUGUGCCCACGGAGCUGGUGCAGCAGAUUUUCUCGUACCUACUUAUCCAUCCAGCCAUCAGCAGCGAGGACAGACGGUCGCUGAACAUUUGGCUGCGACACCUGGAGGAUCACAUCCAGGCAGCAGCGGCGGGCCUGACAAAUCGCAGUUACUUUCUGCAGCCCUCCCCUCAACUUGUCGCCGGUGGCAGUUCUACGGGCAGUGGAAGCUGUUCCUCAUCGGCAGCCAGCUCCUCAACGGCCUCCUGCUCAUCGGUGGCCUCUUCAUCGUUGUGUCCCGCCAGCGGUAGCCGAUCCUCGCGUACCAACGACUGGCAGACCAUCGCGCCGCCCAGUAAACAGCUGCAGCAUAAGUUGGCCGGCGAGUGGCGGAGCAGCGGAGGCGGCAGCUCUAGCGGUUCCAUCAAUCCACUCUGUGAUAAUAUAAAUGGUAUUACCCUGAACGAAUUAGCUUCUAGUCAGAAUAGCCUCGGCCUGUCGCUGGAGAACAGCUCCUCGUUGGUCAACGGUGUGGUCGCCGGAGCAGGCUCAAUGCUGGGCAUCGCUGGUGGCGACGAUCAUGACACGUCAUUUAGCAAGAAUGGCACGGAGAUACUUGACUUUGAUCCGGUUACGGCGGACCUAGGUGAAGCUUGCAGUCUUGCAAGUGGAACUUCGGCAGAGGAUCGAUUGCAGCCGCCACCGCAUCUUCAACAGCAGUUGCUGCAGCCACCACCCUAUGCCUCGAUCUUGAUGGGAAACGUAGGCGAUCAGUUUGGAGAUAUCAACCGUUGGAGCCUGGACAGUAAGAUCGCCGCCUUGAAGACGCGCCGAUCCAACAGUCUUACCACGCAAACGAUCUCCAGUUGCUCCAGCUCAUCCAACUCGUCGGUGAUCACGGUCAAUGACAACUGCUCUAAUUCCACGGAGAACCUGGCCCAAUUCGCCAACAAACCGCGCAGUUUCUCCCUAUCCAUUGAACAUCAGCGCGGCGCCCUAAUCAACAGUGGAUCCGAUACGCGACUGGACGAGUUUAAGCCCAACUACAUCAAGUUUUAUUCUCGAAAUUUGGGUAUGUCGGGAAUCGGACUGUGGCUUAAGUCUCUGCGCCUGCAUAAAUACAUCGAACUGUUUAAGAACAUGACGUACGAGGAGAUGCUGUUGAUAACCGAGGAUUUCCUGCAAAGUGUGGGUGUGACCAAGGGCGCCUCCCACAAGCUGGCCCUGUGCAUCGAUAAACUGAAGGAGCGCGCCCACAUUCUCAACCGGGUGGAGCAGGAGCUACUAGCGGGUCAAAUGAAACUAAGCACUGCGGUCGAGGAGAUGACCAACAUUGUGCUGACACCGAUGAAGCCCGUUGAGGCCAUUGGACCGCCGGAGGAAAAUAUAGCACUCAGGUUUCUCAAGGUUAUCGACAUUGUGAGCAACACUUUGCAGCAAGAUCCCUAUGCCGCGCAGGACGAUGAGACGCUGGGAGUGUUUAUGUGGAUUCUGGACCGCUCCAUUCAUAACGAGGCAUUCAUGAGCCAAGCCAGUCAACUCAAGGACCUGAAGUUUAAGCUUUCGAAGAUUAAGAUCUCCAUGGUGACGAAAAUGCAUCACGUUAAGCCAGCCGGAGUUGGACCAAGCAAUGGGAAUUUAAACAAACCGAGGUGGAAUGGCAAGACUCGUAAGUGCGAUACGAAGAACGGCAGCAACGAUAGGAUUAACAACCGCAAAAACUCCAACGAUAUGCUAAACUUUUCGCUGAAUUGUCUGCAACACCCGUUGCCCCAUCAUUCGCAGCAGCCACCCCCGCCGCUGCCACAGUUCGAUUACAACGGCUAUGGCAGCGGUCCGUCGCACCAGCCGCAGUACAAGAGCUCGUCGUACCCCAGCUUCAAUUUGGGCAAUCCACAGCAGCAGCCUCCGCCGCCACCACCGCCCAACAAGGCGCACCAUCAUGCCCAGCAGAUGCAACAAAUGCUGCAGCAACACAACCAUUUUCCAGCGUUGCCGCAGCAGACGCCACCGCAGUCGCAUCGCCGAUCGCUGAACAAUCUUAUCCUGGUGGCCGGCGGUCCGCAGAAGCCGCAGCAAUUGAUCUUCAAGCCUGGCCAAGGAGUGCUGACCAACAACGGAUCCAACGACAAUCUUGUGAUGGAUCGCAAUCAGCAGCAGCAGCAACGAAAGUUUAGCGGUAGUUCGGAUCAGCAACCAAAGAAGACAAUGGCCGCCGUUGUGAUGGAAAAUUUGGCCAAAUUUGAUCAACAUUUUACGCUAUUCUAAUCCUAAUCACAUCAUCGACUAAAUUUCCAUCAACAAACGUCGCCAAUUGAAAGAAAAAGUAGCCCGCUAAACGACGACGAAAAAGGUUUAUCUAGUAACAAUUAUAAAAUGAACUCUGCAUCGUGACCAUGAGACUGACUAAGAUUACUUUUCGCAACUAUAAAAACUAGAAAGAAGAAAGCUGGAUGGAGAGGGAAUUGAAAAGCGAGAAUUGAGAAAAAAGAAACGAGAAACGAGAGCUGAGAAUUGUUUGCGCGAAUCAAAACUAGGCUUGCUGAAUGAAGUAGUAGUCACAUAAUGGAUAUGUUUAUAUGUAUACACGUACACAUAAUUUAUUUUAAAUUAAAAGGAACAUAAUUGCUGAACCGUAACUGCACCAGAGGAGAUCGCAACACAGCGGAAACAACCACUAGACUAAACUUUAAACGGGAAGAGUUUCAUGUUUCACUGUUUGUGUUGGAGAUUCGGAACCACAUAUUGUAUUUUGUAUAAGUAAGCUUAGGCCAAACCCAUGUAUUGCAUACCGACGAUCAUGAUCACCAACGUCAUUAAUUAGCCUAUCUCUACUAUUACUAUUAUGUUUGCUUUAGUCAAUUGUUUAUAUCAUGUAAAUGGUAAGCCAAUCACUCGAUAUGUUAUGUUUUAGUUGUUUUUAAAAAAUUAUAUAUAUUUAUAUAUAUAGAUGUAUGUCGCAUCAUAAGCUAGGAUCAAAAAGAAACGACGAGGGCGGAGCUGAAAAAAGGCAGCCAAAAAAUAACUACCAUAAGAGCGUAAAAACGUGUAGUCUAAUUGUAAUGUAUAAAACCGAACAAACGCAUGUGUAUAUCUUGCUUAAAAAUGUUUUUGUUUUCUAAUUUCUUGUCGAUAUUCUCAAGAUAAUUUGUUGACAACAGCCGCAACACUGUAAAUCGCUGAUGCUUUUAUUAAUAAACAAAAAACCUAUUGUACGGCGAGUUCAAAUACAGAAA